GUCCUGGCAGCAAGUGGCAGUGUGGCAGACUGGCAGUGUGUCAGACGACCCUCCCUCAGGCUCGCUCCCUGUCCCAGUGUCCCAGUGUCCCUCUGGCCCCCACUCAUCCCCCAGAGACUAAUAUGAAAGCUCAUGGGGAUAAGGUUUGGCAGAUGCUGGAGACCAGGAAGGCAGGGCAGCAUACCUUCUUACGACGCGGCCCUUUCAUGACGCUUUCAACUCCUGUAGUCUCGAGAUACUGAGGUGUUCACUACAUACCUACCUUAAUUCCUGACUGAGGUACCUGCCUAUACAGUACCUACACCACCAAGACCAUCAACGAGGCAACCAAAGCCAUCGGUCUGUCAGCUGGUGUUCACCAUGCUCGCUGGCGCAGCAACCGCGACGGCUCUGGCAGCCAUUGUGCUCAGCGGGCUUAGCACGGCGUCGACACUGACUCCACCUGUACUGCCGCUCGUUGUGAGGAACCCGUACCUCUCGACAUGGCUGGCCAACGCGAGAGAGGAGCCGUGGUCAGCGUGGCCCAUGUUUUGGACCGGUGGGUCUAUGGGCUUCUCCGUCCUCGCCUCGGUGCGUGACAGCUCGACCGUGUACCCACUGCUUGGUCGUCCUCAUGACUCCUUGGACGACAGCAGCAGUCACUAUGAUCUGGCCUUUCCAAAAUACUUGGGAGCCCAGUACGACGCGAGCACCACGAACCUGACUUACGCUAUUCCGGCUUCGACGUCCAACAGCACAGCUGAAAUCGUCCUCUCCUUCCUCUCUCCCAUCACGCCGACAUCAACUUUGCGCCAAAGCAUCCCGGCCUCGUACCUGACUAUAUCUGUCAAGAGUAGUUUUGACAUUGAUCUAUACCUCGACGUCAAUGGGCAAUUUGUCAGUGGUGAUCGCAACUCCCACAUCAAGUGGGCUUUGGAGCAACCGAGCCAGAAGGGCGCUGCAAAACUCAAGACGUUCACUGUAAAGAGGAGUCAUGAAGAGCUGUUCACGGAGAAAGGGGACCAGGCUGAAUGGGGCACUCUGCACUUCACAGGCCCUGCAGACACCGCCCAUGAAGCAGGUACUUCCGGCCGAUUGCGACAGCGAUUUGCGAAGAUGGGUACCCUGAAUAAUAUAGUUGAUGAGUCGUUUCGAACGAUCAUGGACGAGGAACCGGUGUUCGCCUUUGCAAAGUCCUUCCACUUCAGCUCCGAAAAGCAUGAGCCGGAGAUCAAGGAGGAUAGCAUCCUCUUUACGAUUGCGCAUAUCCAAGACCCUGUCACACAGUUUGCAUCGAGCCGAGGUCUCACUUGGAUGCGACCACUUUGGAUGUCCUAUUUCUCGUCACCCAAGACGCUGAUCGAAUUUCACUAUGAUGAUUUCAAGCACGCAAAGGCGCUCGCUUGGGACUAUUCGCAGCAAUUGGCGAAAGACGCUUAUUCUAGUGGGAGCGAUAGCUAUAAGGAUAUUGUGGAAUUGAGUGCUCGACAAGUCAUGGGCGCGACCAGCUUCUCGGGCACUCCGGAAAAUCCGAUCCUGUUCCUCAAAGAGAUCAGCAGUAAUGGCAAUUGCCAGACAGUUGAUGUGAUCUUCCCAGCCUUCCCAUUCUUCCUCUACACGAAUCCGCGUUGGCUCGCAUAUCUUUUGGAGCCACUCCUAGAGCAUAUGCUCAGUGGCCAGUAUCCUAACGACUACACUAUGCAUGACCUCGGGACACACUUUCCAAAUAUGACCGGCCACCCAGAUGGGCGAGAUGAAUACAUGCCUGUGGAAGAAUGCGGAGACAUGCUCAUCAUGGGUCUUGCGCUUGUGAAUAGCUUGACAUAUGAGUCUAGCGAGACUGCUCAAUCGCCGUGGAGUGCUCUUGGAAAAUCUAAAAGCUGGGACGAUCUUGACGAGAGCGCCAGUCCGUUUUCUCUACCAGCGACGUUAGAGACCGGGGAAGGAAUUUUUGGUUUGGAUGACCAAUUUGGUGGCGUUGCAUCUCAAAACCAAGCGAAGAAGUGGCUGGCGAGAAGCUAUCGCCUUUGGAAGCAGUGGACCGGUUACUUGGUCGAAUACUCGCUAUAUCCACACAACCAGCUUUGCACCGAUGACUUCGCUGGUUGGCUUCCUCUCAUGACCAAUCUCGCACUCAAAGGCAUCAUCGGCAUCAAGGCCAUGAGUGAACUUGCGGAAAUCAGUGGUAUGGCAGAUGACGCGAAGUACUAUCGCAACAUCAGCGAAACCUAUAUCAAGGAGUGGGAGGAACAAGGGAUGAGCAGAGAUGGAGGACGCGCUAAGCUGGCCUACGAUUGGUAUGGAAGCUGGACUACCCUUUAUUCUCUUUACGCCGACGCUCUACUCUGCUUCCAUCCCAGUCUGAAUGCGACUCCAAGCGCGCUUGCAGCUGCCAGCCAUGACACAUCGCAGCAGCCGCUUGUAGAAGAAUCUAGCAAAGACAAGGAGAACUUCAUUCCGGAUCGGAUUUACAAGACACAAUCAGAUUGGUACGGCACAGUGAUGCAGAAGUAUGGUCUGCCAUUGGACUCUCGCCAUCUAUACACCAAGAGCGACUGGGAAUUCCAAGCCGCCGCAGUUGCCAGCCGAAAGACCAGGUCGCAAAUCUUAGACAAGGUCGCCACCUGGUUGAACGAGACAGCAUCGGACAGAGCCUUUACGGAUCUGUACAACACUGAGGGCGACGGAGGCUUCCCGGGCCCGAACUUCUUCGCGAGGCCUGUUGUCGGAAGUCAUUUCGCUUUCCUGACUCUCGAGAGAGCUUGUCAAGGAAAAGGAGCGGCAGCGUUCGAUUAUGCUUGAGGAAUCCGAACCAGAUGCUCUGAGUGAGACUUGUUGGUCAAGGGUGUUCCGUCUCGAGCACGAGACAUGUGCGCGCAUUUUCCACCGCAAUGGUGUCAGUGUGGCUGAGAAUUGUGCACAAUAGUCAUACCUCUAUAGCGGUGAAUCAUGAAUGUGAUGUUCCAC